GAUAUUCCCAGCAGUGCAUUUGGGGUGUAUCCGUGGAAAACUUCAAUUCAAAUAGUGGAGUGAAUAUGACAGAGAGGCAAAACAUAGUUUGUGUAAGUGGUAGUGAAGAUAUCGGAAUCAAAGAAAAACUGAAGCAAAAUGGAUUCCACCUCGUCGAAGCAUCGGGAGCAGGAUAUAAAAUUUUGGCGGUGAUACUAGGUCUGGCAGACGCCUAUUUGUUAUCGAAGGGCACCACGUUCAAAUGGGAUACAUGUGCUCCUCAGGCAAUUUUGAAAUCUCUUGGUGGUGAUAUUGUCAGUUUCAAAGAAAAUAUCGAAUGUCAGGAAAAAAUGAUAACAUACUCAAUUGGAGAGGCUGAUUGCAAUACAAAUGGUAUCAUAGCAUUCAGAAGACGAGACGUGCUGGAGGACAUAACCCAUAUUUUGAAAACUUGAAUUGUUUAUCAUUUAUAUAUUUGUAUCGUGAGAAUGUGGAGGAAUGUGCAGAGCACUGAGCAACCAGUGAAAAAAAUGAAGAAUCAAAACAAAAGUCGAUUUUGUGAUGCACUGUUUGGAACCUUCGGUGAAGUAAUGAA